UGUAUUUUAAUUGUGUUUCUGUUGGGUUUAGAUCGCGGGGUGGGAAAGAGGGGUUAGGUUGGGGGAGAUUUGGGUUUUCUUUGUCUCUUUUAUUCCUUUUUCUGCGUGAAGCACUUUGUGCUACAUGGUCGUGUAUGAAAAGUGCUAGAUAAAUAAAGACUGAUUGAUUAUGAUGGUCACAUUAUCGACAUUAUUACAUUUUUUAAAAAACUAGAAAAAAACAAUCAGUCAAAUUAAGUUGAAGCAACACAUUACUUCAUAAACCUUAAUGACAGUCCUGAUUAACUGAUGUCACGGUCUAUUUCUAAUAAUGGUCAUAUUUAUAAAUUAUCCACUUUACAUUUAACAUUUUUUUGUGCUUUUAUUUUAAUGUUUUUUUUCUGCCUUGCAUUUCAGUCGCUUUAUUUUUUCACAUUACACACAACCACCAAACUUUAGUUUUCAGUAACCAAUCAAAAUAAAGGUAACAUUUCUAGAGCUACAGUUUUAAAACGUGUUCAGAUUACCAGCUGAUUCUUGUGUUAAUAUGCGCAUUUUAUUAUAGGCGUUAACGGGCUCCCUGGGACUUUUGGAGGUAGCCCCCAGUGAACAUUUGAGGAACUACAAUGUAGCGACUGCUUUCCUUCAACAAAAAAUGCCACUGGUGUAAAUGCAUCUGUGACACGUUCAAAUAUGAGUCUGGUUUGAGCGUUUCAAAAGUGAUUUAUUGUUCGUAAAAAGAAAGAAAAUAUGUUGAUCCAGGUCCAAAACCUUUGACUUCAAAUGAAAAAAGUGGUAUGCUGAAAAGAGGUCAAAACAGGACGAGUGAAACAAAAAAAAAAUGAUGAAAAACUGUCAACAGAAAAUUAUCAGAGCUUACCAUACCAUUGUCUGACUACACCGGUGACAGUUAAAUAACCCGCCAAACAUCCAAAAACCACACCCCUCAGUGACGAUCCCCGGUACCUAGUAGAAAUCAAACUCAACAAAUAUAUUUUGGCUCCUACAUACAGUUUUAGCUUCACUACAUCGGCUUGACUUUAUAAUUGUAGAAAUUGCCUCUAUGUCUUACCUAAAUUUGUCUGUCUGUGCAGUGAUUGGCUGGUAGGUCGUCAAUCAAUCAAUCAACCAAUCAAUCAAACUUUAUUUAUAUAGCACCUUUCAUGCUUUUAGGCUGCAACACAAGGUGCUUUACAAAAAGGUAAAAACAAACAACGGUAAAAAACAAACAACAGUAAAUAUAAGGCAAUUAAAUAGGCAUAAAACCCGUCCCUUCCGACCCACAGCAGCACAUACAGGCAAGCACAGCAGCCCCCCCCCCCCCCACACACACAUACACGCACACACGUAUCCACACACCCACACACUAACUGUCAGUAAAAACAUUGCAAGGCACUGAUGAUCCUGGUAAGGAAAGACCACCUAUGGGAGCCCACCCCCACAGGGAGCACCGCCCCCGAGACCCCCGAACCCAGACAGCCCGGGUGCACCCCGCACAUAGUGCAGAGCCCCCUAACCGUCCGGGCCUGGACGAUCCCAAGGACCGAGCCCCCCGGGGGUGGACCAGACACACCUCCCAGUGUGGAGGGCCCCCACGAGGAAACUCUGGAGCUAAAAAGACUAGGGCAUAGAAGGAAUUAAAAUAAUGUUAAAAUAUCUAAAUGACAUAAAAAUGUGAUAAAAGUAAAGGAUGAAAUAAACUAAAACUAAAUUAAAAUAAUGUUAAAAUAUCUAAGUGACAUAAAAAUGUGAUAAAAGUAAAGGAGAAAAAAAGUAAAGGAGAAAAAAAGGACAGGAGACUAUUUCAGUUUCUGUCCUAGAGUCAAAGAUGAGAGUAAUAUUGCCUACAACUUACAAAGCCACAAAUCUUUGAUGUUACCAUGACCUUUAUUAAAAGUAGACUCUAAAGCGAAGAAAAGCUCAACAGUUUGGUGUCAUGGAGGGCCAAACAUCGGGGUGUUAUGACAAGCUAAGCUACGUGCGUUACCUCUCAUUUGACUGACAGAGUUUCUGUGACACGUUAAUCAAACUGAAGGUUGAUUCCUGUCGAGCCCGUACUGAUUGGAAACUCUCUCUCACCUGGAGUCGUAACCUCAGGUGAGCAGCUUUUCUUGGCGUGACAGCAGCCAUUUAAGGAAAUUGAAAAGCUCCCUCUGUUUUAGUUUGGGUAUUUACCAAUGGAGGGGUGAUAAUUACUUCAAUAUUUCCUUUAGAGCUGAUGUGUUUAAACUAGGUUGUGGAGGAUUAGAUGUUUACCUAGAUGUAGAUUUAAUUUAUUCUCCUAUAAAACACACCCUGCUUUAAACAUGCCCUGAUGAACUUCUGUUGAGGGUAACGGCUGGUUGGGAAAAAAAGAUUCCAAUGGAAAAUUUCUUGUCAUCGAGACCAGACCAGCUUGUGAGGAGUUAUCAUUCCUCACCUUGGUUUCCUCACAGGGGUUAAACUGUGGCCUCGUUAUGGCUUACACCCUUCACAAAUACUCUGCCACUGUGUCAGGCCUCUACAGUUAAUCUGGAGGAAAUAAAGUCAAAUAAAAAAAGAAGUUUUAAAUCACAAACAUCCGCUCACAAAGACCCUAGCCUUCUUUUUCAGGUGGUCAGAACUCCAAAUAAUGCAGAGUAACCCCCAAUUUCCUCCGCAUCCUAAACGGCUACAAAAAGGUCAUAUCCUCCGAUCGUAGCUGAUUGUAACCAUUCAAGUUUUGAGCUGCGUCCGAAUUGCCAAGUAGUAGUCGAAGUAGUAGUCGAAGUAGUAUCUAGCAUGUCCGAAUUGGCCACCGGAGCGAGUAGCAUGCUACUUCAGAUACUACUUCAGAUACUAGACACGCCCACAUUGUAGGUUGGUCUCGGUGCAUCCUACGGGCAUGCUACUGACCCAAAAUGCACCGCGGGCUUCUUCUUCGUCCUCUUAAAAGUUGUAGAAGCGCAUGUGAUGCUAGCGCCACCAGCUGCUCUGCCUAUUUAAAUGUGUCGCGAAUGCCGGCUGGCCACAGCAGCACGCACCAUGUCGGAGCAGCAGCAGGCGGGACCGCAGUAGUACAGAUGUAAGUUUCAUGUAACUUCACACACUGUCCUAAAAAAUGUCCGGUUGUAUCUGUUUGUCAUGUCAUGGUGUCAUAUUUGCCCAAGUAAUCAUUUUAUGAGCAAAUACGUGGCGACAUCAUGGAGGUAAAGCUCACUUAUUCCAUCAUUAAACUGCACAGCUGCAGUACUACAGCCAGGCCCGCAGAUGAGGGGCUUCAGUUACCACUGUCUGCACGGGCGCAGUACCUACUCUGUGCCUGCGGGGGUCGUCUUUCCCCACCGCUCGUCUAGUGUGUCCGAAUUGGGCCAACGUUUUUAGGAUGUAGGAGUGGGAUCUAGCAGUAGUAUGUAGCAGUAGCAUGUAGUAUCCGAGUGGGCAGUUCGGACGCAGCAAAUGUGUCAAUUUCCGCCGGCUUCUUUCCGUUCUGCUGUGGAUCGUCAGACUCCACAGCUGAUCGCAAGAGUUCUAUUUUUUCCGGACACCGAAGACACCGGAUAAAUUCAGCACAGACUAACCCGUGCUGGAAAGGAAGUCGGGCACAGACACAAAAUAAAACAUCAAAAAUCCAUGUUUCAGGAGGAUCAUAUUUCACACCAUGCAAACGGGCGGAGACGAACAAGUGAAAGGUUUAUAGACAUCAUUUCACCCCGAUGACACCAUGGAAGAGGAGAUGCUGAUCCUAGAAGUCUAGAAGUAGAUUUCCUCCUCUGGAAGGUCACAAUCUGUCCACAGUCUGUCUUUACAGAGACAACUCGUUAUCACACAAUUGCACGUGAAUCCGCGGGUUCUUGUGAGUUGUCACGAUUCCUGCUGUUCGUAAUUCGCCACGAAAUUCGCCUCACAAACGGAUCCGGUAGGAAUUGGCGUACAGCGAAAAUCGCCGCCAUUCUGGAUCAGAGCCGUUCCGGAUGAGGUGAAAAUUACAGGUGGUACCGUUUUAUUUUAGAGGCCAUAUUGUAAAAAACAAUCAUAUUAUGUUCUAUACAAUAUAAGUUUGUGAUGCUCCUGUCUUCAGUCGACCAUUUUUAUCUCUUCAGCAUCAUAGUUGGCUGACUGAAUGACUCACAGCGCCCCCUACAGAAAGGGGGCUUCAUCGCAACAGAGGUACUCAAUCCUGGGCCUGUCUGGGAUGAUAUUUACUUUUAUAAAAGCAGCUUGUUUUCUUGGCUGUCUUCUUAGAGACAACUCGUUAUCGCGCGAUUGUACGUGAAUCUGCAGGUUCUUGUGAGUUCUCGCGAUUCCUGCUGUCUGUAAUCCAUCGCGAAAUUCGCCUCACAAACGAAUCCGGUAGGGAUUGGUGGACAGCAAAAAUCGCUGCCGUUCCGGAUGCGGUGAAAAUUGGGGGUUAUACUGUCAUGUAAACCAUGACAGAUAAAAUGACAAACUUCAGUAAAAAUAUGUUUAUAUUUACUUUAAAUUUUUUGAUAUUUUUAGAUUUUAUGUAGGAUAAGUUCAGAUAUUUUGAAUCUAUCAUUUCAGAAAACUUCCAGAUUGGAUUCUGGGCUGAAAAGCUCCCUUGCUUACCCCCCCAUGGGUGAAGUGAUGGUGACCUUUGAGGACAUGAAGCUCCUGUGAUGCUAAGUUUGUGGAGUUUUACCACACAACAACAACAACCCCCCUCUUCUUCUUCUUCUUCCAUCUUGUGCGUUUGAUUUACCACUAAACUGUGCAUGUUACCCGUUUGUACCAUAGAAAUAUGAUAUCAAUCUGGGAUAAAAAUGAUCCAGACACAGUAUCCCCUGGUUUUAAUAUGUUGGUUAAAGUUUACUCAGGGGUUCUUUUAUUUGUACUCGUGGUUAAAUUUAGUCUUUACAGUCUGGACUGAGGCUAAAGUGUUUACAAGGCCUCUCUGAGAGCUUAUAAUAAACCAGAGGGACCACUAUUCAUGCCCCAAAUGUCCUGAUGUUUAUCACACACUCGUAUAAGUGGAGGGCAUUUUAUUUGGCACUUUUACAAGAGUCAAAAGAGGAUCUACUGCUGCAGGAGAAAGAGUCUGUGCGGAUGUUUGGGGACAGGAACUGAAGCGUCCUCAGACUGAGAUCAGAUCACGUUAAGGGCCCCUUGCGUCCUCGUAAAUCUGUCUUUGAUUGUUAAUCUUUCAAUGAGUCUUUAGAUGAAACACAAACAGAAUGUACCAACAUUUUGUUUACCCUUUAAUUUCUAAAUUGGCACUUUGCAAGGGAGUUUUACACUGAAAAUCUAAUCACAGGAGCUUUGUUUGUCACGUCGGAUUCAUGCACGACUGAAAGAAGAGGAGAAAUGAAGCGAAAACCAAACAAACACGGAAGAAGGUUUUGAAGCUGGUCCUGAUGUUUUAUUCUUACUUCUUCUGCAAUGGUUAUGAUGAAUUCUGAACUCAUAUCUCUUCACACAGAAGCACUGCCCUCACCUAUUGUUCAGGUUAAAACAGACCUAAUUAUCCAAAUGUACUUCAUUGUGCGGCUCUCCUUCUUUCUGCCUCUGAAUCAGCUGCAGCUUUGAAAACAUUUUAACAAAGAACUUUUUCUUCAGCGCCGUCUGCCUCCGUCACCUCUCCUCAGAGCAGGUCACAGGUCAGAUUGAGUUUUUCCACCAUUUUUCUGCUUUGUUUGAAGGUUGACAGUGGAGAAAAGAAAAGAGUCUGACAUGCAACAAAAGUUGUCGGACAAAACUCAACCAGCUGCAGUCCUGCUGAAAACUCACGUCUUCAGUUCCUCUGUGGUUGAGUAUAAAAAAGACAGAGGCUGUAGUUUAUUUUAAUGUUUUUUUAAUGCAUUUACAAACCUAUAAAACCAUAAACACAACAUUGUUUUUUAUUACGUAACUCAACGAUAAAACAUCUUUAUAUUUGGUGUUUUCAAUCUGAAUGUUAAAGUUUUAAGGGUUGAUUCAGCGGUUAAAGAAAUCCCCGAGCUCUAAUUUCUUUAUACAUAAUAUUUAUUUAUUUUUAACCACAAAUCCACAAGACUAAGGACGCCAUGGAGAGGUUUGGAUUGUUUGAAGUCAGGUAGGUUAUGAAAGUUUGCAAACAGUGCCGAGACAAUCAAUCAAUCAAUCUAUCUAUCUAUCUAUCUAUCUAUCUAUCUAUCUAUCUAUCUAUCUAUCUAUCUAUUAUUAAAUAAUACUUAAGGUGGUCUAUGAACUAUUUAUCCAUGAUUCAGUUUCCUAAAAACCCCAAAAGUUGACCAUCUUUUUUUUGUAUUUAACUUUCUUUAUUUGAAUUUAUUUGUUGAACGAUUUCAUUUUAUUUUGACUUUAAUAUUUUUUUCUUGGUUAUUUAUUUAUUUAUUUUUAAUUAAAUAACUUUCUUUAUAUAAAUUUAUUUGUUGAAAGAUUUUAUUUUAUUAUGAGUUUUAUAUUUAUUUCUUGUUUAUUAAUUUUUUUAUUUAAAUGUACUUUAUUAGAAUUUUUUGUUGAAAGAUUUUAUUUUAUUUAAAUUUGUUCUAUUUUUGUUUUUAUUUUUUCUUGUUUUUUAAUAUUUAAAAAAAGUGUUUAAUUUACUUUCUUUAUCUGAAUUUAUUUGUCAAAAGAUUUUAGUUUAUUUUGAGUUUUAUAUUUUUUCUUGUUUUUUUCAUAUUGUUUUUUUAAAUUUAAUUUACUUACUUUAUUUGAAUUUAUUUGUUGAAAGAUUUUAUUUCAUUUUGAGAUUUAUAUUUUUUCUUCAUUUUAUAAUUUUAUUUAAAAAAAAAAAAUCUUUCUUUAUUCGAAUUUAUUUCUUGUAAGAUUUUAUUUUCCGAAAAAGGAAACCGGAACAAACCCGGAAGCACGUGUCAAUGACAUCAGCAGUUGAAAACAAAAACAAAUCUCCGUCUUACACCAUCCCUGUCGUUGUCUUGUCUCACGCUGUUUGUCCAAUUUAUACGUUUUUUAAACCUCGGCUUCGUCCCGUUUCUUCGUGUUGAUGGUAAGUCUUGAUUUAUUUCUGAACUGUUGACAAUUAAAACAGAAAAUCAGAGUUUUUAUAGCGAUUUUGUCUGAAGCUACCGUGUGUAAGCUAACUCCGGCUAACGCUGCCUCACUGUCAGCUGAGGAAAUCCAAGUCUGUCCUCCUCUGUCUCAGGUAUGUCCUCUAUCACGGGUCUACCUUCUGUCUCAGGUUGUCCUCUGAGUCCAGCUGAAGGUUCACCGGGUUCUGACGGUACCGGGUUCUGGCAGUCAUGGCUCAGCAGAGAGGAGUAAACAGCCUUCAGUUCAACCAGGACCAGAGUGAGCUGCAGCUAACAGGAGGAACAACACAGAGCUGUCUGUUUUUAUUCUCUUAGUUUAACAUGUUUUUGAUUUCUCUUUUAAUCCAUGUUAGGCUGUUUCUGCUGUGCUAUGGAGACCGGGGUCCGGAUCUAUAAUGUGGAGCCCCUGAUGGAAAAAGGACACCUGGGUACGAGGGUUCAAGAUCUCUGCUGUCUUAGUUUGGUUUUUAAUGAUCAUGAAGGUUUGAUUUCUCUAAAGGAGCUGAAGCCAAUUUCACCUGUUCUGAUCGAUUAUAUGAUUGUAUAAUUACAGUACUUAUAUUUAGUACAAACUCCCACUCUAACUUGACUUAUAAUAAUGAUAACUUUAUUUGUAUAGCACUUUUAAAAACAGAAGUACUUUGACAUAAAGUCAUAGAGCACAUAGAAAAAGACAAAAACAAAAGCUCAGUUGAAACGGAAUUAGAUUAGAUUAGAUUAGAUUUUUCCUUUAUUCAUCCCUCAGUGGGCAAAUUAAGUCAUUAACAGCAGCAGUACACACAACAUACGCAUGUAUUAUGGGUAUAAAGAACAAAUAGAUAAGAUAAGGAACUACGGUAAAAGAAGAAAAAAAGAGCAGGGCAAUUGAAGAACGGUAUUAAAGACAAGUAUUAGAAAAAUACAAAAGAGAAAGAUAGAUCAGUGCCAACAAAAAACAGGUAUGGAUGUGAUGAUGAUAUUGAUAUUGAACAUGGUUAAUAAAUAGUUAGGGGUGUAGGCCAAUUUCAUUUUUCAUAAGAAACCCAGACAACACAAGAACCACGCAACAUAAAAUGAGACCGUGAGGACCAAAAUAAAAUAUAAAAUAGUUACGAAAAAAGGGGGUCAAAAGCGGAAACAGGAUAGUAAAUAUAAAAGGCAAUAUCAACAAUGAUAAUAAAAUAAUAACAGGUAAUACUGAUAACAAUAGUAAUGAUGAAAUAGAGCAACAGAAAACAAUAAAAGAAAUAAAACAUAAAAAGCCAAAAGGGGACCUGCCAUAAAAAUGUAAUUUUGGGGGGUUUUUGUGUCAGAUAAGGUUCAUGUUUUGUUCGUCUUAUGUUGUAAAUGUGAAAACAAACCGUUACGUCGUUUGCAUUCUGUAAAGGUUUAAAAUAAAGGAACGAGUAAACCAGGCCAAUUGAAAAAGCAGGUCAAUCUGACGUUGCGUUGACAUUGCUCAUUAUUAUUCACAAGCGCGUCCUCGGUGAGCCGCGCCCACUCUCUCGUUCUCGUACUCAGUCACAGCCAGAGCGAGACCCAGCUACCACUGUAUCCGCUAUGGGUCUCUUCCAAACGACCGGUGUUUCCUUCGGUUCACUGCCGGGAAAAUGAACUUAAAGCUGGACAGAAUGAAUGAGAAAACACAGCUGGAGAUCUCCGGCUUCUUCCUCAACUUCCACCUCCUCUCCGGACUAGGGGUCUAAAAUAUAUGGUUUAAUACCUGCCGUUUUUUGCCUUUAGCAUAAGGUGACCAGACGUCCCCGAUUUCCGGGGACAGUCCCCGUAUUGGGUGACCUGUCCCCGGCAAAAGCUGUCCCCGAAAAUGUCCCCGAUUUAAGCGUUUCAUGAAUGAGAGCAAAAAUGUUGUGUGUGGGCUCGAACAGCGGUUAUUACAGGAGCCGAAUAGGUAGGAAGCACAAGUAAGCAGUCCUGAACAACAGUUCUUACGGGGGUUAUUACAAGGGGCAUGCGCUGCUACUAAAAAGUACCGAGACUUUGUCUGUGAUCAUGCAGCCCCUGCACCGCCGCACCGAAUAUCCCCAGAUAUCAUUACAGACAUCUGGGCACCUUACUUUAGCACACAUUAGCAUAUGCUAUUAGCAUUAGCAUAAUAACAAUGGAUAAAGCGAAAUCCGAACCUCCACUGCUGAGCCAAUCAGAGCACAGCAGGCUUCACAGCAGCGAUCCAAUCAGAGCAAAGCUCAUUACCAUAAAUGUUAAUGAGCCCAAACCAGUUGGUUUUCCUGUAAGGUUUUUUAGGCAUAAUAAAACAAACCAUCAAAUAACUUUUCAGCUAAAAUUAUGUUGCAAACAUGAUCAGAGGACAUCAAGGAUUAUGAAAAAAUGAUAAAAAUGGGUGUGAAAUUUUGGUGGCAGGUCCCUUUUAAGAAAAGAUUCUAAGUAAAACGAAAGCUAAAAAGACAAUAAAGCCAAAAUAAGAUAGAUGUGAAAGAGAGAAAAGAGAAAAGACGGCAUCACAUAAAAUCUAAUUUGUAAAAGUGAGUUUUUAAAUUUAACUUAAAAGAAGCGACUGUCUCUGCUGUACGCCUUAUCUCCUCUGGCAGGUCGUUCCAAAGUCGAGGAGCUCUGAUGGAGAAAGAUCGAUCACCUUUAGUUUUGAGUCUCGUCUUUGGAACGACCAGGAGGUCUUCGCCAGAGGAUCUGAGGCUGCGAGUUGGCUCAGAGGGUAGUAAAAGAUCUGAAAUGUAGCUUGAAGCGAGUCCUUUGAGCGCUUUAAAAGUUUUCAACAAAAUCUUAAGAUCAAUUCUAAAACUGACAGGAAGCCAGUGAAGGGAGGUUAAAACUGGAGUGAUGUGACGCCGUUGACUAAAACCAGUUAAAAGCCGAGCUGCUGCAUUCUGAACUAGUUGGAGGAGGAAGAUUUCUUAUUUUCUUAUUUUAAAUUUACUGAUUUAGGACACAGUUACAGUCAAAUAAAAUGAUCAUGAACAGAGAUCACUUUGUUUGUAAAAUAAUAGUCUACAGGACAAACUAACAACACAACUUAAACCACCAAUAAACUGUCCUGAGUUUUAGGUUUGCAUGCGUACACACGUGACCUGUCAUUCUGGCAAAGCAAAAAGCUACAAUGGCGGACUUUCAGACCUUUGCUGACGUGGAUAAGAUCAGAGGAUAAAAUCUGUUUCAUAUGUAAGGAUUAGCUGAUCACUGAUCCCCCAAAGUUGAGGAAAUCGGCGUCGAUCGAUCAGCCAGCAGAUUUAUCAGUGUAUGUUUAGUAAAAAAUGGCCUCUAAACUUCUGUUCACUGUGGUCGACAUCAUGAAACAUUACAAGGAUGAAACCUCCAUCAGAGCAGAUAGAGGAUGUGUGUUUGUUGGUGUUUUCUAAACUCUUAUUUAUAUUCAGGAUGAUGCAUUUCUCUCUGCACACAAAAAAACAAGAAGUCAUUGUAAAGAAAUCAUUUUUUAAUUAGGUAGCUGAAUAAAUACAGACGUGUUCAUCUGAGAAAAAAGACAACUGCAUAUUUUUCUAAUUAGACCUUUUAUGUGUCACUCACACGACCAAAGACGAGCGGAUUUUCUAAACCUGUUCAAGAAAAAACUCUGAAUUAAUUAUUCAGUAAUCUGUGAUAAUCCUGUGAGUAAAUCCUAAUACAUCAAACUAAUAUUGACAAGAACACUGAGCCGUCAACAUGGUUUUCUCUGUGUGUCAGUAAGAUUAGGACAGACACUUUUUAACGUGUGUGUGUGUGUGUGUGUCCAGAUCACGAGCAGGUGGGCAGUGUGGCUCUGUGCUCCAUGCUGCAUCGCUCUAACCUGCUGGCUGUGGUCGGAGGAGGAGUCAACCCCAAAUUCUCUGAAAUUUCCGGUGAGUUAAAGUGGAGAUGGUGUUUUUAUGGUGGUGACACUGAGGUAGAACAGACAGAGAAGGGACACUCUCCAUACUUCAUUAACUGACUACAGUCCCACACUCUUGUUGUUUGAGCCUCUAACGGACUCGUGAAAAAAACAACAAUCAGGAUUAUUAAGAUGCAAAGAGGAAAUUUUAACUAAAUCCAGUGAGAAAGAGAAAUGAUAACAGCAAACUAUCCUCAUGUUUUACAGCUGUAAUGUAAACCUUCUGCUGAAACAACCAAGUGCUGGUUGUUUCAGUGGCAUUCACCUAGAUUUGCAGACCCUGCACACAGAUUCAUGAGUGGCUCCCUUUCUUUUACCCUGGGGGGCGCUGUGGUAUCCUCCCAGCAGUCAGCAGCUAAUUGACCCUGUCAUGGACUCUUAAAUCUGAAGUGCUCCCGUCUCUGGCUGUCACUUGCUGCGUCCGAAUUGCCCGCUCGGAUACUACAUGCUACUGCUACAUACUACUGCUAGAUCCUACUCCUACAUACUAAACACGUUGGCCCAAUUCGGACACACUAAACGAGCGGUGGGGAAAGACGACCCCCGCAGGCACAGAGUAGGUACUGCGCCCGUGCAGACAGUGGUAACUGAAGCCCCUCAUCUGCGGGCCUGGCUGUAGUACUGCAGCUGUGCAGUUUAAUGAUGGAAUAAGUGAGCUUUACCUCCAUGAUGUCGCCACAUAUUUGCUCAUAAAAUGAUUACUUGGGCAAAUAUGACACCAUGACAUGACAAAGAGAUACAACCGCACAUUUUUUAGGACAGUGUGUGAAGUUACAUGAAACUUACAUCUGUACUGCUGCUGUCCCGCCUGUUGCUGCUGCUGCUCCGACAUGGUGCGUGCUGCUGUGGCCAGCCGGCGUUUGCAACACAUUUAAAUAGGCAGCAGCUGGUGGCGCUAGCAUCACAUGCGCUUCUACAACUUUUAAGAGGACGAAGAAGAAGCCUGCGGUGCAUUUUGGGUCAGUAGCAUGCCCGUAGGAUGCACCGAGACCAACCUACAAUGUGGGCGUGUCUAGUAUCUGAAGUAGUAUCUGAAGUAGCAUGCUACUCGCUCCGGUGGCCAAUUCGGACAUGCUAGAUACUACUUCGACUACUACUUCGACUACUACUUGGCAAUUCGGACGCAGCAAAUGUCCUCAUGCAAAUGUCGCACACAGUCUGGCUGCCUCUCCAGAUGCAGAGGUCGUAUAGUUUUAAGGGCCGUCUCGCUCUUUCUUUCUCCCUUUCCCUCCUCUCUGUUUCAUGUCUGAACUCAUCUGUGCAGAGCAAAAAAAAAAAAACAUGAGCACACAGUCAGUUCAGCAAUUUUAAUUGGGUACAGAGAAACUGAAGCUGCUUGCCCUGCAGGAGUCUUCAUCAAGGCUAAAACAUACAAGAUAUUUGGAGCGUGGCAGCUGCGUCUCGUAUCAUGCAGGAAACAAGUUUCCAUUCUAAUCAAUGCAGCAAAGCGUACAGUACGCCUAUCAGCUCCGUUGCAGCAUCAUAUCGAGAGCAUAGACUGUAUAUACUACAGACAACUUGGUUCCGCCUACCGCCUGUAUACGGAUUUGAAGCCAAAAAGCUCUCAGUAUUUCCGGGAUUUUUCUUCAUUUCCUGAAACCAGCGCUGUACAGUAGCGAUGUGCGCAUUCGACCGUGCAGUCGCCGAGAGUCGCUGUGAUGACGCUCGGCUCAAACAGCGUAUCCCCGGGAGAGCUACGUAAUCCUUGAACGCCCAUAGGCUGUAUCAGGUGUCAAUCAUAGAAAACAUGAACCCCCUAAUAACUUUUAAAAACGGAGCUUCAGAGAAAAAAGAGGACUUGGGCACAAACCAGUCUUACAUUAACUACAUGAUUGACAUGAUUGACACUUGAUACAACCUAUGGGCAUUCAGGGAUUGCGGAGCUCUUCCGGGGGAUACGCUGUUUGAGCCAAGUGUCAUCACAGCGACUCUCGGCGACUGCGUGCCCGAAUGCGCACAUCGCUACUGCGCAGCGCUGGUUUCAGGAAAUGAAGAAAAAUCCUGGAAAUACUGAGAGCUAUUUGGCUUCAAGUCCGUAUACCUGCGGUAGGCGGAACCAAGUUGUAUAUAGUAUAUACAGUCUAUGGUUGGUAUAGAUGAAAAAUCCUUCCUGUUUCUGGAUUUAUCAAUAACACAGAACAAUCUGAUGGUCAGUCUCUGAUCCAUGUGGACCCCAACAGGACUUUGAACUGCUAACUCUGUCUGAAGGUAACAGCACAGCAUAAAGGAACAUAGUUUACUUUAUUAAACACCAGUAAACCUGCAAAAACACAAACUGUAAAAUCACUUAAAGCUCUUUUAUGUAUAGUAGAGGCUUAACGGUCACUGAAUUAUAUCCAAAUUAUCAGGAAAUCGACCACAGAAAGGAAAAACAACCCGUUGUGGGCAUGUUGUUUCCUUUACACUGAGCCCAGCUGACCGGGGGGAUACCAAAUGCUGCUCUACGGAGCAAAUACAGAAUGUGCUAAAUACGGAUCCUGUACGUUUUCAGCUUCAGAAUAAACAACAUGACCAUGAAGGACACCUUUAGAUCAUUUACUCAGAUGUCAUUGGCAGAAAGAGGUCAACAUGUUUGCACUGUGUUAAAACUGCUGACUUGACCACCUUUGGUCCUCUUUACCUGUUUUAACAGUUUUUAAAAAAAAAAUUUUUCAUCUCUGAUAAACUAGAGUCUGAUCUUCACUUCAACUUUAUUAUGCCCCAAAAAUUGGCAAAUCAGGUUGCAGCAGGCACAGACAUUUAAAACACUGCCAUACAUCAUAAAAAUAAAAUAAAAUACAUUUACAUAAAAAACUGUUCAGGAGCAUUAAAGAAGAUUUAGAAGGUAAAAAGAAAAGCAUAUGUCAGCCAUACCAGUACUUUUUGCAUGAACAGAGUGCAUAAGAUAAAAUGCAGAAACAAAGUGCAACGUGCGGUUUGCUUACCAAUAAAAGACCCCUAGAUGAAGCUCAAUCUAGAACAACAAUAAUAAUCAUAAUAAUCAUAAUAUACACCAUCUAAUAUCAGAAACAGUUAUCUCCUCCUGCAGGAAUCGUUUAGGGCUCUGAUAGAGCCUGGGAUGAAGGAAUUUUUAUACCUGUCUUUGUGGUUGUAGGAGCUCGCAGUCGAUGGCCAGAAGGUAACAGAUUGUAUUCUGAGCAGAGAGGAUGGUCACUAUGAGACCGAAUGGACACAGCUUUUUUACGAACCUGUUUGUUAAAAAUAUGAUUCAAGCUAGUGAACUGCACGCCUGCAAUUUUACUCGCCACCUUGAUGAUCCUGUCCAGGGCAUUUUUCUCUCUGGUCCCCAGGUUGCCGUACUAACAGAUAAUACAAAAAGAUAUGACCGAUUCAAUAAAAGCAGAGGAAAACAAUGACAUCGGGAACUUGUUAAUUUGAAAUUUGGCGAGCUUUCUUAAACAAAAAAGUUGUUGCUGGCCUUUCUUGCACAGCACUUCAGUAUUACGUUUGAUGUAAUCUGUCCUCGCUCUGCAGAAACAGAGACGUCAGUUUCUGUCUCUCCUAAAAUGCAUCAUCAUUACAAACCUUGCUGUUUUCAGUGUUAAUAUCUAAGAGAGAGAGGGAGGAUGCGCUUUAUUCAAAGUUUAGGACUUAAUGAAGGUGCUGCAGGCUGCAUAGGAUCGCUCAUUCUUGAUUCUCAUUUUUUCAACAUCAUGGGGGGACAAAACACACGUAGCCAAUAAAAGACUGUUCUUUUUGCGACAGUUAAAAAAGUUCAGACUCAGACACAUGAUCCUCCUUCAGUUCUACGCAGCCAUAAUUGAGAGUAUCCUCACAUCAUCAAUAAUAGUCUGGUACAGAAACUUGGACAGUCAUUCACACACAAAACUUCAACGGAUAAUAAACAGAUCAUCCAAAACCACCCCCAUCCAUAGAGACUCUGUAUCAAAGACAUGUCACACAGCGAGCGCUGAAAAUCACCUCAGACCGCAUACACACCCUGCACACCCCCUGUUCACACUCAUGGCUUCUGGUAGGUGUUACAGGUCUUUGACAGCCAACUCAGCCAGAUUCAAGAAUAGUUUCUUUCCCACUGCCUUACAGACACUAAACCAGUAUCUAGUAAAUUGUAUCCACAUGUUAUCCACUGGUAUCUUGUAUUGUUUUGUAUUGCAUGAUGUGCUGUACCAGGAAACAAAUUCCACCAACCCUGCUGUGUCCUCCUCUUGAUGUUAUACAGGACCAGGCUGUCAGUGCCGAGCUACAUCAGCUCAUCACUCUGUUUACUUUUAAUCAAACACAGCAGAUUUACAAAGUGGCAGAUAAACUCAGACUUCUCUUUAAUUAAACUAAUUUUUUUUUACAGGAAAAUGAAGUAAAAAUGACAGAAAAUCGACAUGAAUCCUGAUCAACCGUCAAAAAAGACGAUCAGAUAAAACAGCCUGUAAACAAAAACAGGUGGGGAAGUUUAAGAUGUUUAUGAGUACAAAAACCUCACAAUCGGUUUCAUAAAAUCAGGUCGUCAUUUCAGCUAUCAAGAACUGAUUUGCAUUAUUAUGAUGUUUCGACCAAUCAGAUUCAAGUAUAUUGGACAGCCAGGUAAUAAAACAAAUUUGUCUACACACACACACACACACACACACACACCGUUUGAAAACAGACGUGUAAAUUAAAGCGGACGGUAAAAUCGUCCAAUCAGAGCAGCUCUCUCAGGUGAGUCACUCGCCUGGAUUUGAUAUUGAUUGAUUAUUGAUUAUAUAAUCCCCCUUUAAUCGUUUGACUCUGCAGUUCUGAUCUGGGACGACGCUCGAGAGUCCAGAGACCCCAAAGACAAACUGGUUCUGGAGUUCACCUUCACUAAACCGGUUCUGGCGGUCCGCAUGAGACACGACAAGUGAGUAAGGAGUCCCUGAUCAAGUGAUAAAUUAAAGAAAAUGUUUAAAUGUGAUCAAUCUAAUCAAUCUGCUCUGCUGCAGGAUCAUCAUCGUCUUAAAGAACAGGAUCUAUGUCUACAGCUUCCCUGAUAACCCUGUCAAACUCUUCGAGUUCGACACCCGGGAUAACCCGAAAGGUCCGCGCUAUUUCCUCCUUUCUGUGUUCUUUUCUUUCUCCAUCAGUGUAACACAUCUAGGUGAUUUAUGUCUGUGUCUGUGCUGCUGCUGCAGGUCUGUGUGAUUUGUGUCCCAGCCUUGAGAAACAGCUGCUGGUGUUUCCGGGUCAUAAAUGCGGCAGCCUGCAGCUCGUUGUAAGUCGUAAACACAAACAAAGCGUGCCACCGUCGCUCACAUUAAAACGUAAAAAUAAAAACAAACAUUCUCUGUUUUUGUUUCCUCAGGAUUUGUCCAACACGAAGCCGGGGACAUCAUCCGCUCCGUUUACCAUCAACGCCCACCAGAGCGAGAUUGCCUGCGUGGCUCUGAAUCAGCCGGGCAGCGUGGCGGCGUCAGCCUCUCGUAAAGGAACUCUGAUCCGCCUGUUUGACACCACGACCAGAGACAAGCUGGUGGAGCUACGCAGAGGGACCGACCCCGCCACCCUCUACUGGUACGAACCCAAACACUGACCUAAUGUGCUUCAAAUAACAGCGGACGAAACUUCUCCCUCCUCAGAUGAAUGUGUUUGCGAACAGAUUGAAUGUGUUGAUGCACGGAGGUUUGGGAGAAGGAUUGAGGGAGUCUGACGAAGAUCAUGAAACAUCUUUGUUUAAUCUGGAGUGAGGACAGAGAAGAUCAACAGAGCGAGUCAAACAAAGAGUUCAGACACUCAGACGGUACAAAGAAAACAGAAGAAAACAGAUAUCCACCAGCUCACAAUCAGAUCCAUUAUUCUUUAAAAGGGUUCGACACAGGUGAUCAGGGGGCCGUCUGAAGCUCCUCCCCCUCAGGUGAAGGUAGAUUCAGAGGGCUGCACGGUCAGGUGCUGAUGGCUCUUUGAGAUCCUCAGGUGUGAAGUUUCUGGUUGUUCCUGAGUCCUGAAGAGGAUCAGUGAAGUCUUUCUUAGUCCUGGCAGUCACGCUGUUGUUGCUGUGAAAAGGACAGGAGAGGAGAGGGUGUGAACUUUAGAGGAAUAGAUAAUCAAUCAAACUGAUCUACAAACCUUUCCCAUCUGAAAGUCCGGUCUCUGGACUCGAACCCCAGACUUUUCUAAACUGUAAAAACUCCUCAGAGCCUCAGAGGACAUGAUUCACAUGAUUCAGCUGCUGUGUUCACAGACUGAAAAUAACUCCUAUGAAAUUUCCUCUGACAAACAACCAGGAGGCUCUUCUUCCUUCUUCUUUCUUCUCCUUUUUCUUCUUCUUAUGAUGAAGAUGAUGAUGAUGAUGAUGAUGAUGAUGAUGGAGGCGCUGUAGGAGAUGAUAAUCAGCGAGUUUACUAACAGACAGACACUCGUUCAGUUUGUCCUCACAGCAGAGGGACAUGAUCAACAGCACUGUUUGGUUAGAGGGAGAAAGAGGAGAGAUUCUCAGCAGGUGGAAAUACGAAAUACAACAUAAUGAUAAUAACAAUAAUAAUAAUAACAAAAAUAGCAACAAUACUACUACUACAGUAACAAUUAUAAUAACAAUAAUAGUAAUAAUAAUAAAUAAUAAUAAUACUAGCGAAAAUUUAUUAUGAUGAUAAAAAAUACUACUAAUAAUACUACUACUAAUAAUAUAAAUAUAGUAGUAGCAAUAAUAAUAAUUAUUAUAAUGAUAAUAAUAGUAAUAAUAAUAGAAACAAUAAAAAUAAUAAUAAUAGUAAUAAUAAUAAUAAGCAUAAUACUACUAUUUCUACUACUACCACUACAAAUAAUUUUAAUCAUAUUUAUAAUAGUAAUAACAAUAAUAAUUAUAAUAAUAACAAUACUACUAAUAAUAAUGCUAAUACAAGUAGUAAUGAUAAUAGUAACAAUAAAAUAAUAAUAAAAAUAAUACUAAUGAUCAUAAUAGUAAUAAAAAUAGUAAUAAUAAUGGUAACAAUAAAAUAAUGAUAAUGAUCAUAAUAGUAAUAAAAAUAGUAAUAAUUAUAGUAACAAUAAAAUAAUAAUAAAAAUAAUAAUAAUGAUCAUAAUAGUAAUAAAAUAGUAAUAAUAAUAGUAACAAUAAAAUAAUAAUAAAAAUAAUAAUGAUCAUAAUAGUAAUAAAAAUAGUAAUAAUUAAGGCUGCACGAUAUUGGAAAUAAAUAAUAUUGCGAUUUUUUCAACCCUGCGAUAUAUAUUGCAAUAUUAAAAAUACAGGAAUUUUCACCAGAUGACCUGAAUAGCACUUAAUGUUAUGCUGCACUGCUGAAAUCUUGAGGACAGUUACCCUGCACUGAUCUUACCUCUUUUUGUGAAUGUUAGAAUGGCUUCUGUCUCAGAGAUAUUUUUAGCUUUUAUUGUGCUGGGACGUUAUUGUGGCAACAGAUUAACACAGAACACGUGUUUUGGUCCUUCUUUUAACCGAAAUAAUUCCAGAUAACUGACUUUCCUUUUCUUUUGGGCAACAAAUCUUCAUUUUCGGUGGUUUUCGCUUGUUCGAUCGUUGUUGUUGUUGUUAGCGGUGUUGUGCCGAGAAACGCAUGUCCUCCGAGAAUUGCAUGCACCUCGCAAAACGCGCACCGCUUAUAGUAGAGUGGUCCACGGAAAUGUACAAUUUAAAACCCAUACAGUUCUUAUUUGUUGGGCUAAACAGUCAUGAGUAAAGUUCCGAAAGUAAUUCUCAGCGGACACACGUCUCCCUCCAUGUGCAGAACAUGUGCAGGGGUGGGUUUCCUCCUCUCUGAUUUUGAUUGACAGCUGGCAGGGUAGUCUGAUUGGCAACUGAGAAGUGAGUCUGAUUGGCAACUGAGUUAAGGACGAAUGUGAUUGGUGGAUCGCUGCACAGCACAUGCAGAGUCACAUGCAGUGUAUUUCAGUCAGUUACCCUUGAAAUUAAAUGAGUUCAUUCACCUCCAAUAUCGCAGGCUCUGCGAUGUGACUAUCGCACGCACGUACAUCGCGAUGACGAUGUUCAAACGAUAUAUCGUGCAGGCCUAGUAAUAAUAAUAGUAACAAUAAUAAUAAUCGUAAUAAUAAAAAUUGAAAAUAAUACUACUUCUACUGCUACUACAAAUAAUAAUAAGAAUAAUAAUGAUGAUGAUGAUGAUAAUGAUGAUAAUAAUAAUUAAUUAUAGUAAUAAUAAAUGGUCCAGCUCUCAGAGAAAGGAAGACUUUGAUAACUAGAUCUAGUGUUUCUGUGUCUGUGUGGGAUGAUGACGAUUCUCCCAGCUCUUUAAAAACUUCUCCACAGAUUUUCAGACCAGCAGAUACAGGAACUCAGUUUUUACUCCUUUUCUUUGAGAGAGACGGCGAGGGUAAAGGACAGACUCAACUCUGCAACGGUUUGAUCCGUGUCUCAGGAUUUGUGUCUCUGUGUUCAUCUCUCUCUAACACUCCUCCUUUUGUCCCCUUCUUUUUCUCUCCAGCAUCAACUUCAGCCAUGACUCCUCCUUUCUGUGCGCUUCCAGUGACAAAGGAACCGUUCACAUCUUUGCUCUCAAAGACACCAAACUGAACCGCCGCUCCGCGUGAGAACACCUCCUACCACCUCCUCUGUCGUUUUUUUUCAAACCGCUCUUUUGACUUUUGUGUCUAACCUCUCCUUGUCUCUCUCUGUGCGUCCCAGCCUGGCUCGUGUCGGUAAAGUGGGCCCUGUGAUUGGUCAGUACGUGGACAGCCAGUGGUCGUUGGCCAGCUUCACGGUGCCGGCUGAGUGCGCCUGUAUCUGCGCUUUCGGGAAGAACACGUCCAAGAACGUGAACUCCGUCAUCGGUGAGGAAACGCGAACUAACACUGCAGUCUCUGAUUCCUUUGUGUGAAAGAAAUGAAACAUUUAAAGACAUAAUUUCAGAAACACAGAUCAACAUGUUUCAGCAUUUUAGACCAAAACUAAUUCCUGAAUCGCCAAUAGAUUAAUCAGCGAUACCAUGAUGUAGGGCUGGGCAAUAAACCGAAUAUUUACCAAUACCAAAAUUGCCCGUAUUGUUAUAUUCUGUGUCAAAAUAUUAAAUAAAUCAAAGUUGGUUUUGGAUGUGUGUAGGUAGGCUAUGGUCUGAUGUCCCUUUAACCCAGGAUUUCCACCACAUCUGGAACAGCGGCGGUUUUUCGGCGUACACCAAUUCCUACUGGAGGCAAAUUUCGUGGUGGCUUACAGACAGCAGGAAUCACGAGAACUCACAAGAACCCGGGGAUUCGUGUGCAAUUGCGCGAUAACGAGUAGUCUCUAUAAAGACAGACACAAAGACAUAUAAGCAGUAGAUUGUGUCCCUCCAGAAGAGGAAAUCUACUUCUAGACUUCUAGAAUCAGCAUCUCCUCAUCCAUGGUGUCAUCAGGGUGAAAUGACGUCUAAAAACCUUUCAUAUGUUCGUCUCCGCCCGUUUGCAUGGUGUGAAAUAUGAUCCUCCUGAAACACAGAGUUUUAUUUUGAAAAGAAGCUGGAUGUUUUAUUUUGUGUCUGUGCCCGACUUCCUUUGCAGCACGGGUUAAUCUGUGCUGAAUUUAUCUGGCAUGCUCGGCAUUCGGGAAAAUAGAACUCUUGUGAUCAGCUGUGGAGUCUGGCGAUCCGCAGAGGAACGGAAAGAAGCCGGUGGAAAUUGACACAUUAACUUGAAUGGUUAUGAUCAGCUAUGAUUGGGGGAUAUGACCUUUUCGUAGAUGUUCAGGAUGUGGUGGAAAUUGGGGGUAAGAUGCUGUCCUUCGUCAGAGACAUGACUCCACCCCAUCCAGUUUGUAACAAUGAGGGACAGACAGGUGAGGAGAUGGAGGAUGGUUCAAAAGCUGGAGCGGUGGAUGAAGUAGAAGAAGUUAAUGUGGGAGGGGUGAGCAGCUUGUGGAGUAGUUAUCGUCCAUUUAUUGUCAUUGAGCUGAAUCGUGAUAUUGAUUUAUAGACAUAUCACUCAACCCGACCAGGAUUUGAUUCCUGCUCUUAUUUACCGUCAUAAUUUCACAGAGGAGUAGGAAGCCUAGAUUCUCCUCGUCUUCUCUCGUUAUUAUCACCCAGUUUUGAUAGUUUUUCACUUCAGAUGGCGGCGCUCACUCAUGACGGGGGCCGAUCGCUCCAUCUCUGUUUGAGUCUGACACAGACUCCGGCUCCAGACUGUGUCAUCCACGUUGUCGUCGUAUCACACUCUCUCCCCACUCAGUGUAAACAAACACAGCUGUGAUCUAACUCUGAGCUCUCCUUUUCCUCCCGCAGCCAUAUGUGUGGACGGGACCUUCCAUAAGUACGUCUUCACCCCUGAUGGGAACUGCAAUCGAGAGGCCUUCGACGUUUAUCUGGAUAUAUGUGACGACGACGACUUCUGAGAGUGAGGACGAGGAAGAGACGGAGAAUCAGAGACUUUGAGCUGCUGAGGCUGUCGUUGUUAUCAGAUUUAUUUACAAUAUGUAGCAGUGUGAACAUCAGUCCUCUUUUUUAUUAGUCUGUCAGUCAUCAAGUCCAAAUUAAAAACACGCUUUUGUUAAGAAAUCUUAUUUGAAAUCUCUGAUCUGUCUUUGUUCAGAAAAUAAGAAACAAGAUUUUCAAUGAUCUCAACCCUCUGUAGACCUAACCCACAAUUUCCACCGGAUCCCAAACGGCUACUAAAAGGUCAUAUCCUCCAAUUGUGAGGAACGGAAUUGUUGAGUCUCAGUUGAAAGGUCUCACCAUCUCAACUAAGUCCAGUUGUCCUUUCCUAAAGAAGGUCAGAUUUUGAUCCAUCAGACCACAAGUAGGGCUGGGCAAUAAAACACUAACGAUCUAUAUUGAAAAUUAGUUUCCCUCAAUAUCAAUAUAAAACAUGGUCAAUAUGAUUUUUGAUAGUCGGCAUUCUGCCAUGUUUUGUUGGACUAUACGAAUAGCCGAUGAAAAGGUGGAGUUGCUCCGGUUUAACCAUUCAUGUGCUGAAUUAGAACCAAGUAUCAAACAACUGUGUUGUAGCAGACAGCAGCUACACCCAAUCAUAGCACUUUAACAGGUGAAGCCGACAGCACUGUUGGUGAGAAAAAAAGAAAAUGAGUGCUACCCCCGACAGAAAUGACCAUGAAGCCUCAACAGAUGACGAUAUCGUUGCCAAUACUGGCGCGAAAACGUCAGUGGUGUGGAGGUAUUUUGGUUUUUUGAGGUCGGACCUGAAGCAGAGUAAUGUGUACUGUAAAUUAAUGUCCUGUACAUGUUCUCACAAAGUCGGGGAAUACCUCAAAUCUUUUUCACCACCUGAAGCAGCACCACGCUGCAGAGCACGCACAACUCAAAAGGUUAAAAACCCAGAGAGGAGCAAGGAGGCCAUGGCGCCUGUGCAGCCGUAAUAGCCGACCAUUCAGUCCGCCUCUCUAGAGCAACACCUUAUGACAAAACGUCAAAGAGACACAAAGAUCUCACAGAUGCAGCUGCUUAUUGUAUUGGAAAAGAUAUGCUACCAAUAAACAUUGUUAAAUUUCA